UCCGUCGCUGGGAGCUGCAGUCUUGAAUCGUCGCUCGCCGUAAUCGGAAGUUGUGGAAAUUGUGCUGGGAAGUCUCGAUCGAAUCUGACAGAGAGAGAGAGUGUUCAAAAACUGAUCAAGAAAUAGUGUUUGUUUGUGUUUUGGAGAAACCUGUUGCUGCAACCUCAAAAAACAAAAGUGCAAAAGUGAACGAGAAAGGUCGAAAGUUGUUUUGCAUUUGCAGUGGUUUUGGCUUAUUUCGGAAAUGAAGCAGUUGAUCUUGCUGCUCGUGGUGGCAGCUGCGCUGGUCGAUUACAGCCAGGCUCAGGGCAAUCGAAAGUGCGCGGCGAACGGAGAAUAUUGUUUGACCCAUUCCGAGUGCUGUUCCGGUAGCUGUUUGAGCUUUUCCUACAAGUGCGUCCCGGUGCCGCCGAGUGCCAGCGUUGGCACCGUAUUCGUUCCAGCCUCCCCUGCUAUUGAGACCGACAAUCGGUUCGGUGGUGGGGACGACGGUGGAACCAGCAUCACGCAAAAAACCUGUGCCAAAAAUGGCGAAUAUUGCCUCACCCAUGCCGAGUGUUGCUCCGGAAGCUGCCUGAGCUUCUCGUACAAAUGCGUUCCGACUCAACCGGGAACGUCGUCUGGCGUUCAGCAACAACAACCACAGCGUCCGCAGCGACCGCAAUCACCUCCGCCGACCCAGGCCAGCGGUGCCACCAACUCGAUUGAAUCAUCGACCGUUGAUUUGGGCAACCGCGUUGGGGAGAAUGAGCAGCCGGGUACGUCGACGACAGCGACCCAAACUACCGCCAGACCACCGGCCAAGUGUGCCGCUGUGGGAGAAUACUGCCUCACCUCGUCGGAAUGCUGUUCCGGAUCAUGCCUAAGCUACUCGUACAAAUGUGUGACCAACCUGCAGCUGCGGACUCCGGUCGUCGUGCUCCUCAGUGACGUCGCCGCCAUUGCCAACCGUAUCGGCGGUGGACCCAGUAGUAGUGACACAUCUUCACCCGCGAAAUGCGCCGCCGUUGGCGAAUAUUGCCUAACUGCAGCCGAUUGCUGUUCCCGGAGUUGUCUCAGCUUCUCGUACAAGUGCGUCCAGAACUACGACCUGGGGACGCAGCAACUGACGUCAUCGGGAAUUCCAGUUCAGCUGCCGGCCGGCGGGUCCUCCCUCAACACCAUCGACACGGCUAAUCGCUUCGGCGGCUCCGAAAGACAAUGUCUCGCUAAUGGACAUGCGUGUUUCUACGGGCAGGAGUGCUGCUCGGGAGCCUGUUUCCGAUCGUUCUGUGCCACCCAAAUCACGCUGGGAAUCCCGGAGUCGUUCCUGACGCGACCCUCGGCCGUCAAUGGUCCGUACGUGCCGGUCAACAGCUUGGACGAGCUGAUCACCCGCUUUGGAGGGGGCAGUGAUGCCAAUGCGGCCGUCAAGGAUUCCAGCGCUAGUGCUUCGCUGAAACGGGCGAAUAUCGGCGGCCGGAGUGAGGCCCAGAAGCAGUGUGCCGUUGUGGGUGAAGGGUGCUCCCGACAGGAGGAUUGCUGCUCCAUGAGAUGUCACUCGUACCGGCGCAAGUGUGUCACGUAAAGGAGAGGAGAGAUGCAACGCGUCGUACACAUCUAGUAGACGUGCACACACACG